CACAGGCAAAAAAAGCUGUCAGUGUAUAGUUUAUACCCACUUCGCAUAGGGGAUAAACAUUAAGGAAUGUAUUUAGAUGUUGACUUUGUACUAUUGAAAAAAAAUGGACAAUGUUUGUCGCUUAUGCUGUUCUGCGAAAUUCGUCAAUAAUUAUAUUUUUGAUGAAGGAAAUGCUUUGUAUUUGAAGAUGUCAUUAUAUUUGCCAAUAAAGGUUUUCAAAAACGACCGGCUUCCGCAAAAGAUUUGUGACAAAUGCAGUUGUAAAGUGAAUGACUUUUAUCAAUUUUGCAACGAAACUAUAGAAGUUCAAAACAGGUUAAGAGGUCUGCUUCGACAAACCAUACUCGAUGACAACACAGUUGAUUUCAGUAUAAAAGAAAACAUACACUCACCGUCAAGGCUAGCUAUCUGUGAGCGGUCGACACAGACAAAUUUCAAUGAUACUUUCCAAGUGAAAACUGAACCUAGGUCAGAAACACCAUUGAUUGUGAAGGAGGAAAGCUGUGAUGAGGAUUUGAAUAAUGUUGCAUCCGAUGCCAGCGAGGAUGAAUUGCUAAUAGAAAUCAAGAAGAAGAAAAAGCCCAGAAAAGUCAACAGCAAUGUCAAUGAAAAGAAAGAUAAUAAAAGGAACAGGAAAAGAAAGGAAAGACAGGACUGGCCGGAUGAUGGGUUCGAUAACGGCUUAGAUUUGGGUGUUGUUAAGGAGGAAGUGGAUUUAGUUAAACAAGAAGCAUCCGAUUACACAUGCUGCAUGUGUUUCGAAAAGUGCGCCAACAAGACGGAAAUGUUGCAACAUUAUAAAAAUCAUGGUGAUUCAGCAGCGGCCCCGCAGACCGCGCCACCGCCUCCGCAAGGCGACGUGCAGCGCUGUCUGCGCUGUCAAAAGGUUGUGUCGGGGGGUCUGGCUGAGUGGUCGGAGCACUGGAAGCGUCAUUAUGCCCGAGACACGAGGCCUUACAGAUGUGUGCUCUGUGCCAGAACCUUCAGGGACCACCACCUUAUAUUCAAACAUGGGCUCACUCAUCAGGCGGAUAUUGAGGAUAAGUCAUUAGCCCCGGGGGGCGGAGUCCUACCGGACAAGCGUUUCGUCUGCGACGUCUGUCCUGAAGGCUUUCCAUACCUCCGUUGUCUGUUGGCCCAUCGGACCAGAGCCCAUCCAGAAGCCCUAAACCGGGCUGCGAGACUCCGCUGUGGGGUCUGCGCCCGGGGCUUCGCUCACUGCAACUCACUUAGGAGACACCUCAGAGCACAUUCCGGUGAAAGGAAUUUCCUUUGCAAUGUAUGCGGCAAAGCUCUAACAUCGAGGGAGCAUCUCAAGUUCCAUAUACGGAUUCACACCGGCUACAAGCCUAAUGUAUGCAAGGUCUGCGGUAAGGGCUUCGUGAAGAAGUGUAAUUUGACAUUACACGAGCGAGUGCAUUCGGGUGAGAAGCCACACGUGUGCCCGCACUGUGGGAAGGCAUUCUCCCAGAGGUCGACGCUAGUUAUACAUGAGAGAUACCACAGCGGCGCUCGUCCGUACACUUGCGGCUUGUGCGGUCGGGGCUUUGUGGCUAAGGGUCUUCUGUCGAUGCACCUGAAGAGCACUUGCGUAGACACAACGCAGGCUAGAUCGCAACAAAAGUUGAAUUCGCGAUAGCAAAUUGAGAAUCUGUGGCGUCCUGAAAACUAAGUUACAGAAUCAUGCGACAAUACAUUCUUCAAUUCCCAUAAUAACUUUAAAACCACCGAUGACACAUCCGUCGCUUCACCCCGGGGAGUCUGUUUUUAAUUCCUAUUUUUAUUACCUCUUUAAUAUAAGUUAGUUAAAUUAAAUUGAACCGACUUCAAAGAAAGAUAGUAUUGUGUUUGUGUUAACUAUCAUAAGCAUUGUAUAAUUAUAUCGGGAAUCCUGAGUUACUUGUGUUCCAGCACAGUUUGUUAUCGAACGAUUGUUAUAAAAUUUCAUUUUAUUUAUUUUAUUCUGCAACUAGAUUAUAGACAAUCGAAAAAAAUACUCAAGAAAUUAAGUUUGUACGUCUCUAUAUAUGUAUACACAUACAAAUUGGUUCAGUCGUCUAUUCGCUGUGUUAUGUGAAUAUCAGAAGUGCAGAUUCAACAAUUAAACUCAUUGUAACAAUGUUAUAAAAGGUUAGUAGAUCAUUUAAAUGUUCACGCGAGUUUGUUAUCAAAGCACACGAUGUUACAUCCUGUGAUAAAUCCGACGAUAUCAUUACACGUAAAAAAAAUUAUCUACAAUUUUUUCUUCACAAACGAAAUUUUGACAAAAACAUUGACAUAAUAAUUAAUUAGCAGCGUAGAAAAAGUGGUGUAUUAAAUAUUUACAUCUCAACUCUUCCCUUGUGAAAGAAAGGGAUAGAUAAAGAAAGAUUUUAAUUUCAUUAUAUUUUCACAUGUACUCAUUUAAAUGAAUCUGCUGUUUGGAUAUAUACUAUGUGAUCUAUUUACUUACAUUUUUCUUAUUACUCACAUAACGUAGGAGAGCUCAUACAUUAGCACUACUUUGAGGUGUUACGAAUGUAACAUAGCUUUUGUAUCUGCAAGAAAACAUCAGUGGACAAUAGUUCGAUAAAAAAUACAUAUUUUUUCAAACAUAAUAAAUAUAACGCCAUCUUUUUUUUAUAAUGUACGAGUGUAUACAUAUAUGACAUUAAAUUUAAAUGUCCAAUGCAUCCUUAUCACACACACACACACAUAUAUAUAUAUAUAUUGAAGCCGGUUACAAAUCUUACAUACAAUACUUCUACCCCAGGUUAUAUACCAUGGGAUAAAAUUUUAAUCGUCACAUUAGUUUUCUACAGUGAUAUUUAUUUUAAGUUAACAAUAUGUAUGUUAACAUAAAGUGCCUCGAAUUGUGAUAAGAUUUCUGUCUCUAUAUUUGUGAUGUAGAUUUUAGAUUGUAAGUCAUGUGAAUAUUUCUCUUAGAUUCGUGAGAAAUAAAGAGUUUGGAGUGAGUAAUUUUAUAGUUUACGAUAAUAAAAUAAAGUGCACAGUUUAUGAAUAACGAGUUACGUCUUUAACUUAGAUACAGUCAGUUACGUCGUUUUUUAUUGAAAAUUAUCUUAUUCGUUUAGAUCUACACUUGAUAAUUACAUUGUUCAAUUUGAUGAAAUCUCGUACACGGUACACAGUAUUCGGUAUUUUCGACAUCCUGUAAUGCUCUAUACACAACAGUUUUUCAUAACAAACUUAUUGUAUAAUAAAUUCUGGUAUAUCAUAAAAUAUUCUUGUUUACUUACAUUUUAUACGCCUAUUGCCAAACAAACUUCGUACAACUGCAGUGUACCAAAACAUCAAAAUUAAACGAAUUUGACAGAUGUCAGAAUUUUUAAGUGUUACGUAAUUGAUAAUAAACUUAAUAAAAUAA